UAUCAAAGCAGAGCAUACCGAUUGUACGAUCACAAAAGGAUCACGAAAGCGACGUAAGAUGACAGUAGUGUACAAAAGUUUUCGCUCAUGUGUCGAAAUUAGGUAUAACAUCAAAUACACAACAUGAAUUCCGCAAGCAAGGUGGGUGAAAUUUUCACAGCAGCUGGUGCAGCCUUCAGUAAACUAGGCGAGCUCACAAUGCAACUACACCCAGUUACAGACUCUCCAGCAGGUAAAUGGACUGACGACGAAAUUGAGAUGCUCCGUCACUCGGUGAAGACCUUCAGCGAAGACUUGAACAAAAUAAGCGAGCACAUCAAGAGUCGGACGGUUUCGCAGAUCCGAACUACCCUGAAGAAAAAAGCAUUUGAAGAAGCUGGAGUACCUAUCAGGCAGCAGAUAAUUCCUCCGACGGGGCAAUCACUAGUUCAGCAGCAGCAACUGUCAAAACAGCAAACGGUAAAUCAGACACUGAUAGGAAAAUCGGCGGACGUCACACUAAACAUGCUGAACGCAUCCGAGACUGAGGUAGACGUUGAAGGACUUCAGGAUGAUUGUCCAGUAAAGCUAGAAUUUGAAGGAGCUACCGAGGAAGUCACUUCAUAACUAACUUGAGUCGGUGAUUCAUCCAUCAUUAUCAUCAUCAUCUUCAUUUGUCUUUUGCAAUUUAUUCUGUUAUUAAUUAAGCUAAGUUAUAGAUAUAUUAAUUGUACAAGAUUAGUAAGUUACCUUUCAUAAUAAAUAUAUAAAAAAUAUA